AUCAAUUGGGCGAAAUUCGUGAUGAUCCACAUGGCGGAUUGCGCCUCCAUCGCCACUGAGCGGAGCUUGCCAUACGCCUUCCUCGUCAUGGACCUCAUCAUCUCCGCCGACAUCUCCAUCGCCGGCCCGGAUACGAAGAUGACAAAGAUUUGGAUAAUUCAAGACAGCACCUUCCGGAAGAAGUCCGGAGACCGGGACGGCGCAGGCCCAAGUCGUGCACCAGCCCCCGCUCCCGCCAAGGCCUCUCUGCAAUCCAUAGCCAAUACUCUGAACUGGCUAACCCUCACAGUGGAUGGCAUGGGGCAGUCAAUCGAGCGGAUGGACUGGACGCUGCAACGCCAACACCACGACAUGACGGCGUUCUUCCGCGGCAUCAACUACGUCCCGCCGCCCUUUGACAGUACCUUCCUCGGCCAAAACUAUGAAGGCGAGGACGAGGAGGAUAACUCCUAUGCUCCAUCCUCCUCCCCCGACGAGGCCGACUUUGAAGAUGCGGUCGACGGCGAUCCCAUGGACGAUGAGGACGACGAGGAUGACGACGAGGACGCCGAUGCUUAGACUUCUCUUUUCUCUUCUUCCUAUGAUUGUUUUGAUAAUGCCAAACCACCGUGAUCAAGUCGAACAUUGAAUAUACAAGGCGAAGAAUGAAGAUAAGAGCAAGAGCUAAACGAAGACCUUAAUCAUAGUAUUGAGUCGGUCUUUAUUGUGAUCAAGACCGACCCAAUCUUUACACCUUGGCUCUUUAGGCUAAAAACUCUCAUUGCAUUUCUUACAUCAUAAAAAUGGUUUUAAACUUGUUUAAGUCAUUAAAAACACUUGGUGUUC